AUGGGUACCAUGACGACGACAAAGACUAUCUUAGUGACGGGCGGCUGCGGUUUCAUCGGCAGCCACACUAUUGUCUUGCUUUUGGAACAAGGAUACAAUGUUGUAGUGGUGGAUAAUCUAUCCAAUUCAAAGAAGGUUUCCUUGGAUCGGGUGCAAAAAAUUGUGGGAUUGGACGAUGAACAGAGGAAGAUUCGCUUGACCUUCCAUGAGGUGGAUCUUUGCGAUGAACCAGCUCUUCGCAGAGUCUUUGAAACCGGCCCAACAUUUGAUGCCUGCAUUCAUUUUGCGGGGCUGAAAGCCGUGGGAGAAAGUACUCGAAUCCCUCUCAAAUACUACGAAAACAAUCUUGGUGGAACCUUUAUUCUCCUGCGUUUGAUGGAUGAGUUCAACUGUCAUUCCAUUGCGUUUUCUUCCUCAGCUACAGUCUACGGCAUGGUCGAAAAAAUGCCAAUUACCGAAUCCGUACCAGUUGGUGCUGGCAUCACCAAUGCCUAUGGAAGAACCAAAUACAUGUUGGAGGAAGUCUUGAAAGAUUUUUACAAUUCCAAGACUUUGGAUAAGGACAAGAAAAGUACAUGGACAGUGGCUCUCUUGCGAUACUUUAAUCCCGUCGGAGCCCACCCCUCGGGAGAAAUUGGCGAAAAUCCCAAUGGAAUCCCCAACAACCUCAUGCCCUACGUUUCCCAGGUUGCCGUUGGUCGACGAGAAUUUUUGACCGUCUUUGGUGACGAUUACGACACGCCCGAUGGAACAGGAGUGCGCGACUACAUCCACGUGAUGGAUCUGGCGCAAGCCCAUGUGACGGCAAUCGACUACAUGACAAAGAAAGACCACGGAGUUUUCACCUUCAACUUGGGAACUGGUACAGGAUAUUCGGUAGUGGACAUGGUGAAGGCAAUGAGCAAAGCCUGUGGACAUGAAAUCAAAUACAAGGUUGGACCACGUCGUCCUGGUGACAUUGCUACCUGCUAUGCCGACCCAACAUAUGCACGGGAGGAACUAGGCUGGGAAGCAAAGCUAGGACUAGAAGAAAUGUGCCGUGACCUCUGGGAGUGGCAAUCCAAGAAUCCCAAUGGAUUUGAUUGA